AUGCAAGAAUAUGAGGUGGGGCCCGCCACAGUUGAACCCGGGACUUCGGUAGAACUAAACAGUGUGCGGUUGGGACAACAAGCUCAAAGUUUGAGGAGUAAGAACAGUGUUAAAUGCAUUGCAAAUAAGCUGCUUGCUUCUUCUUGGAUCCAAUUCCUAAGGGAGAAACUGUAUCUAAGUCACCAAGGGAAAGUUAGAAAACUGUGGAAGAUAUAA